UCAUUUGUAUUAUAAUUCCUAAUUCUAUGAAGCAACCUUCAUGUAAUGCCAGUUGUAGUUUAGUUUAAUUUUGUAGACAUGGCAGGCAAAAGCUGAAUUGCUUUUUCUGUGCUUUGGAAAGGACCAAGGAUGAUGCACUUCUGUGUCUUGCUUGGAUAAACUGCUGCAGAAAUGGAGGAAAACUGUAACUCUAACAAAUUACAGAGGCCCAAGCUCAAAGGCUUUGUGCCAAAGCCUCCAGGUGGCCCCAGACCGAGCUGCAAGGCAAAGACAGGGAGGGAGUUGAGGGGGACAGCUGAGGCAACCAAGGUUAGAGGGCAGAGGACUGCUGGAGUCUGCUCAGCGCUACCCCCUCUGUCAGCCAACACUAGUUACAACGUUCUUCCACCUAUCAAACGCAUCGCUUCAGUAACAGUCACAACGCUAAAGACUACCGAGCCACCAGGCCGCCAGCUGACACCUGAGGGUGGGGAAAGGGGCUAUUCCUCUUCGUCCCAGGGUAACCCAGUGAGCCUAGAGAAGAAUGAUGUCACCUCUCUCAUGGCUAUGUCACGUCCAUUGUCCGGAGAGGACAUAAUCCCAGUAGCUGAAAACCUGAUGUUACACCCUCAGCAGAGGUUGAUUAAGAAAGUGCUUAGAAAAAGGGACCACCAGGAGGCAGUAGGAGCCAUCUGCCAGGUCCUGAUUACCAGGGUGCAAGACAUCCUCCAGAAGACCUGCUAUAACCCUAAAAAUGCCAGGGACAUCAUCCAGAAAGGAUUGGAUUCUGGGGCGAGGGCCAAGGUUCCUGACGUCACCAAUGAGGAGGGCUGUGUAGGGAGUCCCACUCUGGUGGUAGACCAACCAUCAUGUCAGUUGGAGAGGAUCUUCAGCCACUCCCUACUAGCUGGGCCCUCCACCUCAGCCAAGGCGGCAUUGGGAGCCCCUGCCUAUAAGGUGGAGGAGACUGAGACCCGUUUGACCUCCCAGGCGCUCCAGCGUACUCCCUUCCCAGACCCUGGAGUCAGUGAACUGAAGCUUUCAGCUGGGGUUCCAGAUGUGGGCUUUGUGCCAAAGCCUCCAGGUGGCCCCAGACCGAGCUGCAAGGCAAAGACAGGGAGGGAGUUGAGGGGGACAGCUGAGGCAACCAAGGUUAGAGGGCAGAGGACUGCUGGAGUCUGCUCAGCGCUACCCCCUCUGUCAGCCAACACUAGUUACAACGUUCUUCCACCUAUCAAACGCAUCGCUUCAGUAACAGUCACAACGCUAAAGACUACCGAGCCACCAGGCCGCCAGCUGACACCUGAGGGUGGGGAAAGGGGCUAUUCCUCUUCGUCCCAGGGUAACCCAGUGAGCCUAGAGAAGAAUGAUGUCACCUCUCUCAUGGCUAUGUCACGUCCAUUGUCCGGAGAGGACAUAAUCCCAGUAGCUGAAAACCUGAUGUUACACCCUCAGCAGAGGUUGAUUAAGAAAGUGCUUAGAAAAAGGAACAUGACCAUAGACGACCUGCAGGAACGGUCAGUGAAGGCUAUUGACUGGGUGGUCAUUGUAGUCAAUGAGGUGGUUCUCCCGGCCAUAGCCUUGUACCAGACGUCCAUAGAUGACGUCUGCAUUGGGCAAGAUGAACGACCUCUCUCAUCAGUGUCCCUUGGGGAAUCUGUUACCUCUGGUAACACCAGCCCUAGCCAGGGAAGUGCAGAUAAGGAUAUUGUAUGUUUCACUCCUAGGUUCAGAAGGGGAAGCCCAGGGUUGCCUCCCCCCUCCUCGCAAGGGUCAGGUAAAAAACAGGUCAGAGGGGUUCUUAGGAUAAUCGCUAAAAAGUUCCACCUGCUGCUGAAGCUUAACUUGGAGCCUAGGUGUAGGCUUAUGGGCCGGCAUCUCCCAACACUCCCCUCAGACAUGGAGGAUGAGCUCCAGAAUAGGGCAUCUAUGACUGUGGCUGUGAUUCUGCACAAUGUCCAGCUCUUCAUGGAGAGUGAUGAAGCUGGACCAUCCUCCCCUGGGGCUUUGUCCCUUCAAGGCCUUUACACCUCUGUCACUGAUUACUUGGUAUCCAGAAUGUCCAUGAUGUCCUCCAUGAUGUUCUGGAGCGCAUGUAAGAAAGCCAAGGAGAAGCUCCAUGUUCUAACUUCAGGGGGUGACUGCAGAAUUUCUGGAGCAUCAAGUUUCAACAUAUCAGAGUUGGCAGUCAACGUUUGUCAGGAGAUAAAGGAUGCAGCAAGCAAGGAUCUUUCCUUCUCUGGUGCUGUAAAUAGCUUCCCAGAGGAGAGAAUGGCAACCAGGAAGAUGGGAGGUCUCAUAUUUGAGAGAGUUGAAGUCCCUGAUGCUCUUCCAAGCUUCACGCCAUCUCAAGGAUGGACAGAGCAGGGAUGGAUGGUUGAGCACAUUGGCUCAGCCAUAAGUGAGGACACCUUGGACAACAUCACAAGCACUCCGUUGUUCCAGAACAUGGACUACAGCCCGGCUACCACGCCCUCAGAGGGAAGGGCCUCAACCCUGCACACUCUACAGGACACCAUAACUCAGACAGUCAUGGACCAUGCCCUCUUCACAUCUGGAUUGGUGAGCCAAAGGGAGUUCCUCUCCAAAGAGAAGGAACUGGAGCUGGUCAGGGUGGUCAUUGGAAUUCUCAUUGACCAGAGUGGUGCCCUUCACUGGGAUAAGACCCGCAUCGCUGCUGAGUCGUUGGUUGACAAAGUGAUAGUGGCCUGUAACAUUGUCAUGGUUAUCCUAAGAAAUUACUAUACAGCCCACGACACAAUUAUUAAAGAGGAUGAGGGCAUGCAGGAGCUCCUGGACCCCAACAUCGAUGGCUACCCCCUGCUGGUACAGUGCCUGAGCCACACCUUAGUGGGAGAUGUGGCCUGCGAGCUGGAGGUCAUGAGGGCUCAGCCUCAGGUCAGCCCAAUCUCGUCCACUAUUAUUGAAGCAGAGCUGGGGAGGGCUAAGGGAAGGGACUCCCAUGAAGCCUUCAGUGAGGAGUCCCCCCCUAUCAUCACGCAGAGGCCUGUGGAGGUGCAGCAGGCCAGCAGCCCUGCUAAGAAAAUGAACGAUACACAGCCUCCCAUCAGUCCCAUUUUAGCCAGGUCUGAGCUUGACAGUAACAGCAGUGGCAGAAGAAGCCAGAACUUAGACAGAGAUGCAGGCGUUACAGCCGAUAACAUCUUUGAUGUCAUUGUCAGGCUGGUCUAUGCUGACAGUAUCAGUGCAGAUGAUUGCGGGUUGUACAAUCCUGCAGCUACGCCCCUGGGACAGAUCCUGGCCUCAAGUAGGCUUUGUAACAGGAUCUUCCGGGGUAAGAUCUAUUUAUUUUCUAAAGAGAUGAUCUGCCGGGUGUACCAGUUGCUCCUGGACACCAAGAUGGGCCGGGUGCCAGCAUGCCGAAAAAGCAGGUCGGAGCCUGUUCUCAAAGAAAUGGCUGCCAACCCCAGGCUCUCCAAAAAGUUCUUCACGGACCUGAUCUAUUUUAUCAUACAGCGGGCAAUGAAGAAUCUGGUGGAAAACUUAUUGGGCCUGCCACACACCCCAACAGAAGAAGCACUACGGUUGAAUGACAACUUGCUAACCUCAUCCAGUGAUGAGUCACUGCAUAGCGACAACACCUUGUCGUGUGGGGUGUGGGGCUCUCUGGUGAGGGAGAGCUCUCUGGACAUGCACUCCUCCAGCUCUUUAAACCAGGACCACUGGGAGGCAGUAGGGGCCAUCUGCCAGGUCCUGAGCACCAGGGUGGAAGACAACCCUAAGAAAGCCAGGGACAUCAUCCAGAAAGGAUUGGAUUCUGGGGCUAAGGCCAAGGUCCCUGAAGUCACCAACGAGGAGUUCUGUGUAGAGAGUCCCACUCCAGUGGUGGACCAACCCUCACAUCAGCUGGAGAGGAUCUUCAGCCACUCCCUACUGUCUGGGCCCUCCAGCUCAGCCAAUGCAGCAUUGGGAGCCCCUGCCCAAAAGGUGGAGGAAGUGAGAAUUGCUUCUCCAUAUAGCCGAGAGGCCAGGCAGGACUUGCUGGAGAAAGCUCCCUCCAUCCUGCAGGAAGAGAGCCUGGCUAAGGAGGACAUUCAGCCACGCUUGGCCCACGGGGUGACUUUCAUCAACUCAGAGACCCUCAGAGACAUUGUGCAGGGGAUCAUGGGUCACCUGACAUUCAUUGAAUCACUCCCAGCUGGGAGUGUGAAGGCUCCUUUCCAGCUCCAGUCGAUGCUCUUCGACAACAUACGGCAUGUUCUGAAGUAUAUGGCCGGCAUUGUCGUUGUAUUCAGCCAACAGGAGAGCAUUCAGUUUAGGGGUGAUGAUGCAGUGGCCGCCAUUGUGGAGGCUUCUGCUGAAAGACUAUCACUAGAGACAGAGGCAAACAGUGCCCAAAUGCACAAAAGUUGUGAGAUUGCCAUUCAAUGCAUGGCUGAGACCAUCGCAUGCAGCAUUUGUGAUCACGCUGAGCUCUGGAAGUGGGAGGCCAGGAGCUCUGGAAGUGGGAGUGACAGCACUGUCUCUGAGGAGCUCCUAGACAACAGGGAAGCCCUGGAGGCUCCAGCAGAGACGGCUGAAGACGACACUGGCUCAGAGAAGACCAGUGUCAGAUCAGAGAUCUUUGAAGACGAUGCUUGCUCAGAGAAAACCAGUGUCAGAUCAGAGGUCUUUAAAGACUAUGGUGGUUUGGAGACAGACCACCACAUGGCCGACCAGUCAGUGGAGACCAACCAGUGUCUACUCAGGGCUGUACAGAGUGCCUUCUCACAGAAGGUGAAUGAAGAGGCGGUGGAGACAGGACCCGAGACAACAGGAAAGGGGAAAAACGAAAAGAAGAAAUCCUCUAAGAACAAAGGAGAAAUAGAGGGAAAGAAACCAUGUAACAGCAGAGUGGCUCCCCUUGGCUCUGAUGUCUGUUCAGGUGCAGUGGCUGCAGAUGAGAAAAGGAAGAAACCAUCUCUCCUCCAGCGCAUCUUCAAUACCUUUGCUAGGAUCUUUUGCUUCUCCUGCAAGAAAAAUAGUAGAUUAUUUCCCUCUAAUGGAGUGAGAGCUGUGCCUGCACAACUUUUUAAGGCAUCACCUCAACUCCCGUUACCAGUCCCUCUGCUUACAGUCCUACAAUAAAACAGGUUUUUGCAUUUA